AUGACCCCUGUGUUUCGUCCAAAGCGUCCGGUAGCGUAUGGCAUGUACCAGACGGUGGACGAUGAACUGGACCGAUUGGAGCGAAAGAAAAUUAUCGAACCGAUAGACUUCUCGGAGUGGGCAGCUCCGAUUGUGGUGGUUCGUAAGGCGAAUGGUACGAUUCGUAUCUAUGGGGAUUAUUCAACGGGACUGAAUGACGCUCUACAGCCCCACCAGUACCCUUUGCCUCUUCCGCAGGACAUUUUCGCUAACCUAGCAAACUGCACCGUCUUCAGCCAAAUAGAUUUGACGGAUGCGUUUUUGCAAGUGGAGGUGGACGAAAGUUCUCGUGACCUCCUGACCAUAAACACGCAUCGAGGACUGUACCGCUAUAAUCGUCUCCCGCCAGGGGUGAAGGCAGCGCCGGGAGCGUUCCAGCAGUUGAUCGACACGAUGCUGGUUGGCCUGAAAGGAGUGAGCGGCUACCUGGAUGACAUCGUUGUCGGUGGUACCGACGAAGAGGACCACAAGAAGAAUCUUCGGGCGGUGCUGCAAAGAAUCCAAGAGUUCGGGUUCACCAUUCGUUCGGAAAAGUGCUCCUUUGGAGAAAGCCAGAUUCGCUAUUUGGGACAUUUGCUGGAUCGUCACGGGCUGCGACCGGAUCCAGCAAAGAUCGAAGUUAUUCAGAAGCUGCCAGCGCCUAAGGAUGUCAGUGGAGUUCGUUCUUUCUUGGGCGCCAUAAACUAUUAUGGGAAGUUCGUGCCGAAUAUGCGUACAUUGCGGUUUCCACUUGAUGAGUUGCUGAAAGGAAAUGGAGAAUUCCGGUGGACAACCGAGUGUCAGCGUGCCUUCGAUCGGUUCAAAGAGCUACUUGGUUCCAAUCUUCUGCUAACUCACUACGAUCCGCGACGAGAGAUCAUUGUAUCGGCGGAUGCUUCAUCGAUAGGCGUUGGUGCAACAAUCAGCCACAGGUUCCCCGACGGGUCGGUGAAGGUGGUUCAGCAUGCGGCACGUGCGCUCACGAAGGCAGAGAUGGGUUACAGCCAGCCGGAUCGCGAAGGUUUAGCAGUUGUGUUCGCCGUAACGAAAUUCCACAAAAUGAUCUUUGGAAGGCAGUUUCGCUUGCAGACCGAUCACGCACCCUUGAUUCGAAUAUUCGGUUCACGGAAGGGCAUUCCCGUGUACACAGCAAACCGGUUGCAGCGAUGGGCGUUAACGCUACUGUUGUACGAUUUCUCCAUCGAAUACAUUCCAACCGAGAAGUUUGGGAACGCCGACAUCCUCUCAAGAUUGAUCAACAAUCAUGCCAAACCUGAGGAGGAUUACGUGAUUGCGAGCGUGAUUUUGGAGGAGGAUGUACGAUUCAUUGCGGACGAAGUGAUCAGCGGUCUGCCAUUGAGCUUCAAGAUUGUGGAGCAAGAUACACAAGCCGAUCAGCAGCUGCGCAAAGUAUAUCGCUACCUUCAAGAAGGAUGGCCAGAAGUGUCGACGAUCGAAGAUCCUGAGAUUCGACGGUUCCAUGGGCAUAAAGAUUCGUUGUGUUCUGUUUGGAAAUGCAUCAUGUUCGGUGAACGCUUGGUGAUUCCUGAGAAGCAUCGACUGCGGUGCAUGCGGCAGUUACACCAGGGACAUCCAGGGAUACAACGCAUGAAGUCCAUAGCAAGGAGUUAUGUGUACUGGCCAUCGAUUGACGAUGAAAUCGUUGGGUUCGUGAAGGCAUGCAAGCACUGCGCAUCCGUGGCUAAAUCUCCACCGCAUUCCCCACCGGUUCCGUGGCCAAAGCCUAGUGGUCCAUGGAAGCGUGUCCACGUGGAUUAUGCCGGCCCCAUUGACGGAGUAUACUACCUGCUAGCCAUCGAUGCCCAUUCGAAGUGGCCUGAAGUGGUGCCUACGCAACGAAUAACAUCCACAGCAACGAUCAGCAUUCUACGGAACAUCUUCGCCCGCCUAGGAAUGCCCGAAACGCUCGUUAGUGACAAUGGUACGCAGUUUACGAGCAGCGAGUUCCAGAAGUUCUGCAGUGACAGCGGAAUUGAUAACGUCACCACGGCACCUUUUCAUCCUCAGUCAAACGGUCAGGCUGAAAGGUUCGUGGACACAUUUAAGCGGGCGCUGAAGAAAAUCCAGGAGGGGAAGAACUGUGUUGGUGAAGCGUUGGACAUUUUCCUUCUAACCUACCGUACAACGCCAAAUCGUCAGGUCGAAGAUGGAAAAUCACCGUCCGAAGCUAUGUUUGGGCGUCGCAUCAGAACCAGUUUGGAUCUACUUCGCCCUCCGCCGGCGCGUCCGCCGAUAGAGCCUAAUCCAGACGAUGAAGUAAGGAGAAGUUUUUCUGCACACGAUCCGGUCUACGCAAAGGUGUACAGCAAUAAUAAAUGGCGCUGGGCACCAGGAGUCGUUUGCGGCAAGAUCGGCAAAGUUAUGUACACGGUCUGGGUUGAGGAUCGUAGAAUGGUUCGAGCACACGUCAACCAGCUGCGCAGUCGUGGUGGUACUCCAGUUAGCAACCGUACGUCACAAUCGUCGGCACCACCACUCGACGUUCUGUUAGAUGCGUGGAGUAUUCCUAGAACCACGUUGGUACCGGCAGCACCAUCUCCACUACCAGGACCAUUGACUUCGCCGGAUCUUCCGAAUCCUCAGGCCCCGAAUGCUGAGUCUACACCGUUGCCACCUGUAUCGUCCUUGUCCUCGUCGUUAGCUACGUCUUCGUCCUCAUCAUCAUCGUCUACGUCUACAUCAGCAGCAUCUCCAGAGUUCGCUUCAGCAGAUAGCGGACCAGCUACACCGGUACAACUUCCACGCCGGUCUUCUCGUAUCCGAAGGCCGCCGCAGUGGUUUGACCCGUACCACCACUAUUGA